AUGGGCAAGGUGCCACCGACGACCUCAUCCAGACUUAUCAGUGCAAUACCCGGUGAACGGGCCAAGGAAGUAGUGGACCGGUGCCCCGAAUAUCAGCAGGACCUCUUCCAGGAACUCCGCGCCGAGGAUGAGUUGGUCGUGAUAGCCCGUGGCCUUGGGCUGAUGCGCAUAGUCACCAACCUGCUUCACUCAUACGAUGCCGCUGGCAACAACCUCAUUGUCGUGGUGGGUGCCGAGGACCGUGAGAAUGGCUGGAUCGGCGAGGCCCUGGCCGAGCAUGCCGCCGUGAGUGCUUCUCCCCGGGCCAGGGGCUUGACCGUGGUCAACACCGACUUCCAGAGCGUCGGUGCGAGGGAGAAGAUGUACGGUGGGGGGGGGAUAUUUAGCAUCACGUCCCGUAUCCUCGUCGUCGACCUGCUUACGGGUCUCCUGGAUCCAGAGUCCAUCACGGGCCUCGUCGUCCUCCAUGCGGACCGUGUCGUCGCCACGUCUCUCGAGGCCUUCAUACUGCGAGUGUACCGGCAAAAGAACAAGGCUGGUUUCCUAAAGGCCUUCUCCGACAACCCUGACCCCUUCGCCGUAGGCUUCUCCCCGCUCGCCGGCAUGCUGCGAAACCUGUUCCUGAAGAAGGCGUCCUUCUGGCCCCGAUUCCAGGUCACCGUGGCCAAGUCCCUGGAGGGCAAGAAGAAGGCCGAGGUUAUAGAGCUGGAGAUACCUAUGACGGACUCGAUGAAGGAGAUUCAGAACGCCAUCAUGGAGUGCGUCGAGGUCAGCAUCCACGAGCUGAAGAAGGGCAACUCGGGACUCGACAUGGAGGACUGGAACCUGGAUAGCGCUCUCCUCAAGAACUUCGACACCAUGGUCAGACGCCAGCUCGAUCCCAACUGGCACCGUGUCAGCUGGAAGACUCGUCAGAUUGUCGGCGACCUGACUGUGCUCAGGGCCAUGCUCAACCACAUCCUCGAGUACGAUGCCGUCUCGUUCCUUCAGCACAUGGACACGAUACAUGCCGCCCACUCGCCAGCUCCCGGCUCUACGAGACAGACGCAGUCUCCUUGGCUGUUCCUGGAUGCUACACAGACUAUCUUCGACACGGCCCGGAGGAGAGUAUACGCCGCCAAGCCCCGGGCCCUGGGUCCAGAUGAUAGCAUCGAUGUCCUACGCCCUGUUCUCGAGGAGCUCCCCAAGUGGGCCAUCCUAGCCGAGGUACUCGAGGAGAUUGACAGGGAUCUCUACUUUGAUCCGCCGGCACGAGACGACUCAAAUGGCACGAUACUCAUCAUGUGCUCCAACACGGACCUAUGCCGACAGCUACGUGACUACCUCCAGACGAUGCAUGUCAAGCCCAGAAAACGCACCCACAGCGACGGCGGCGAGACCGACGAGGACGAGGAAGGCAAGCCGUCGGCAUCGUUCAUGAUGCGCCGGAGACUACGAAACUACCUGAGAUGGAAGAGGCAGUUCGCCCAGGUCAAUCAGACCCUCUUUUCGGAGAACCAGAGGGCUCUCAACGGAGCCGCAGAUUCACGCACGGGCGCCACGCGCGGCGGUCGGGCACCGGCAAACAAACGACGGCGCAUGCGUGGCGGGGGCGGCGUCGGUGCGGGAACAGCCAUGGGGCGUACGGAUAAUGGCAGCAUCGCACAGUACUUUGAGAAGCCCAGCGAGGUGGCGGACCUGAUGGCCGAGGUGCAGCUCACGGAGGAAGAAGCGCAGCAGCAGCAGCAGCAUCAGCAGCAGCCGGAGGUUGCGGCCGACCCGCUGGACAAUAUGGAUGAGCACUACCAGCUGUUCGAUAUGCAGGACCUGGUGGUAAUCCACGCCUACGACGGCGACCAGGACGAACAUGUCCUGGAGGAGGUGAAGCCGCGCUACAUCAUCAUGUACGAGCCGGAUGCGUCUUUUAUCCGACGAGUCGAGGUGUACCGAUCCUCGCACAACGACCGCAACGUGCGCGUCUACUUCAUGUACUAUGGGGGCUCCGUCGAGGAGCAGCGGUAUCUGUCGUCGGUGCGGCGGGAAAAGGACGCCUUUACCAAGGCCAUCAAGGAGCGGGCGGGCAUGUCGGUCGUGAUGACGGUGGACACGCACGACGCCGAGGACCCGCAGGAGGCGUUCCUCCGGACGGUCAACACCCGCAUCGCCGGCGGAGGACGGCUGGCGGCGACGGCGGAACCGCCCCGGGUGGUGGUGGACGUGCGCGAGUUCCGGUCGUCGCUCCCCUCCCUUCUGCACGGGCGGUCUAUGGUCAUCGUGCCGUGCAUGCUCACGGUGGGCGACUACGUGCUCUCGCCCAACAUUGUGGUGGAGCGCAAGUCCAUCAGCGACCUCGUCUCGUCCUUCAAGGAUGGGCGCCUGUACACGCAGGCCGAGACGAUGUUCCGGCACUACCGCGACGCCAUGCUCCUCAUCGAGUUUGACCAGAACAAGUCCUUCACGCUGGAACCGUUUGCCGACCUGUCGGGCCGUGUGAGCAGCGUGUCCUCGGAUGCCCCCUCCGACCUGCAGUCCAAGAUUGCGCUGCUCACGCUUGCCUUCCCGCGUCUGCGCAUCAUCUGGUCCUCCUCGCCCUACCAGACAGCCGAGAUCUUUGAGUCGCUCAAGGCACACGAACCCGAACCCGACCCGCUAGCGGCGGUGCGCGCAGGGCUGGACAAGGACUCGCAGGUGGAGGAUCAGGCCUUCAACCUCGAGCCGCAGGAGAUGCUACGGGCUGUGCCGGGGGUGACGGCUCAGAACAUCAGGAACAUAACCGCCGCGGCGGAGAACGUGCGCGAGGUGUCGAAUAUGGAAGAGAAGGACCUGGCACCCCUGGUGGGACAGGCAGCUGCCAAGCAGAUCCACGGGUUCUUCAACCGCAACGUCAUGGAGGAGGACUGA